GUGGAUCUUCAUAAUUCAGGUUAUAUGUUAAUGUGCUUUAUUUACACUAAUUUCAUCCUUAAAGCGACCCGUAUUUUUAAAGGAUCUAAACAUGGAAAGGUUAGCGGGUACCCGUAAAAUCUUGGAAGAUUCGUUGAAACAAAAGAACUGGUUCACAGGUUUAUUGGAGAAGGUGGAAAAAAAGUCAGGUGUCGACAGACUAUACAUCGUUACUGGAAGUGCUGUAUUGAUAUUUCUGUACCUCAUUUUCGGUUAUGGGACUAGCUUCAUUGCAAACCUCAUUGGAUUCAUCUAUCCAGCAUACAGAUCGAUCAAAGCAUUAGAGACGUCUGAUAAGGGGGAUGAUACAAAGUGGCUCACUUACUGGGUUGUUUUCGCAACAUUCAGUGUUAUUGAGUCAUUAACUGAUAUAUUGUUUUUUUGGAUACCAUUGUAUUCGCUGCUAAAGUCUCUAUUUUUCUUGUUUAUGAUGAUCCCAACAUCACCUAACGGAGCUAUCAUAAUCUACGAAAAAGUUAUUAGACCUAACUUUUUGGCUCACGAAAAAAAUAUUGACAAGUUUAUCAAUGAGGCAUCAGAUUUGGCUGGUGAUUUUGGAAAUGCCGGUAAGUGACAUCUGCGGAAUUUGUGGUACGAAUUACCGUUUACUUUCGAAUCUUUGGGUUACUAGGUUGGUCUGAAUAACAUCAAACCACAUUAACCUUACUCAGUACUUCCCUCCGGAAACGUCAUCUAUAAGUUGACUGGCAAGGUUACGUAAGGCAGUUAGAUUAAGAUCUCAGCUAGAGCCUGAGAACUGGACGUAGUUCCAUCUGACCGGUCGUCCUAGUCUGCGAGAAAGGAGAAAAUACAUUUUGCGGUGACAGCAGAGAAAUCAGUCCGACUAUCAUAGUACCUGGAAUAUUAGCUUCAAUAAUCCAAGUGUGUGUGAAGGUUGAACUUAGGAAAACCAAACUGGUUUCAAAACUAAACGGAUGUGUAGACCUAAUGUUUGCCCUCCGCCAGAUUACUAAACGCAGAUGUACCCACCGACUCCCAACUAUGGUUGUGUUUGUUAACUCUAAGGCAGUGUUUGGCCCCGUGAAUCGAUAGGUUUUGUAGUUACCGAAAGGCGUUCCGAUAAAGUAUAUUAGUGUUAUGAAUCAUCAUCGGAAUCGAUAACUUCAGAUAGUAUGUAUCUGGGAUUUCUGAAUUCCCUAUUAUUAUUCAUCUUUGUCAUAUACAUUCGUUAGCCCCCAAAUACCUUGGUACGGCCGAGAGUUGGGAGAAUCGGCUCUCCCUCUCGAAAUUCUCUCACACGGCCACGCGUAUACAGCCCCUGCCAGGGAAGUCCUACUCACUGCCUUCUCGUGGCGUGGUUGUUGUUUACGAAAAUGAGAGAACGAAAAGCGAAUGUCCGGCGCUUUAACCGGAUUCCAAACCAAUGGUGCACAUGGGCUCCAGUAACCUGAAGGAACAAAUGGCGUAUGAACCAAUUGUUGGUCACCGGCUUCCAUGGGACUGCAUCUCCUUACGAUCCCCCACUGCCUUGUGGAUCAGACCUUCAGGUCGAAGGCUCUGGGUGUGGCCUCUUAAGAAAACCACCUGCUUCGGUUUGGGCACCCGGGCGGUAUCACAGCCCUCACACAUAUCAAAUGAGAUUUGUGUGGCGCAUAUGUAUUUGGUGUCUCCUUGUACCAAUAUCUAUGUGUUAAAAUAAAAUAAAUAUAAAUUCGUUAAGAGAUAACAGUUUCAUCGUCUAAUAAUGACAAAAACUGAGAAGUACAGUUUUCUAACCAUCUUAAGUAUCAGUGGCAGGAUGUUUGAGAUGCGUUCCUCUCAGAAAUUCAAAAUAUUGCUUCUGGAAGGGUCUGCAUCAAUUUCUGAAUUGAUGAUAGGGGGUGAAGUAGCUGAAUAACCAACAUAUGCUUGCCCCAUAUAGCUUUCUUUCAAGCCACGACACCAUUUCAUAAACCUAUCACUGUUUUUUCUAAGCAACCCCAGCGUUGGGAAAUAAUGCACGAUGUGAAAUUCUCUGUGACAACGUUCGUGGUACAUGUCCAAGUCACCAAAGUUGGUCUUUCAAGACAGUGACAUUAAUUGAGUUAUUGUCAAUGUGCCCGAGCACACGUUGCUGAAUCUAUACAUUACUAGCGUGGUGUUUCUACUGUAUGUUGAUAGUCCUUCAUAGACAACAGUGACCAAACAUAGUCACUUAACAUCCUAAAUACGGUGAGGCUAGUUUUCACAAGUACUGAGCAAAACUAUUCUCAUCGGCGCGUUGUAGGUCCGAACUUUUACAGCCAGAUUAACAUCACGAAGGCAUCAAAGUUGGUUAAGAUUAGCAUAAACGUCUCUGGCUUUCGAUAUACUUGAGUUGAUCCCAUCGCUCACGCCAUCACCAACAAUUACCCAUAUACACAGACUUUCCGACCACCAACUACUCACAACCAAGAAUGAGUGCAGGCACUGGUUCUGCUAGUUUUGUACUAUGUACUUGAAAGAUGUCAAGCGCAUGACAUUCCUAAGGACACUGAUUUUUAACUAGUGAAGUAGCAGUUGCAUGGUUUGAGUAUCAUCUCAUAGUAAGACAAUAUCAUCUGCACACUCAAAUUAACAGAUGCAUACCGGUAGGACUAGUUCAGGAAGACAAUUUUUUACUGACAAUACUUUUAAUUCACUGGUAGUUUAAUUAGUAGAGGUGAAAAUGAUAUGAUAUCACAGUUCAGUUGGUACUUGCACUUGCAUCCAUGUGAUGCAUAUAAAGUUAUGUAUUUGUCAAAAAGGUUUACACUCAUUUCAAAGAAAAUGUAUGUGGUCCAAAAAAGUCUAGGCUCAACCAGCUCUUAGAAAAUAUGGCCAAACUGUUCAGCUGAAUUAAGUUAUUGUUAUGGGUUAUUCUGAAAGGAAAUACCGGGAAGGCUGUUAAACGCUUUAAAUAUGAAACGAUCUUACUUCAUUGGUAAUUACCAAUCCGAGUCACGUAGGGGAAGACUUUCGAAUUCUGUGAUCGAAAACAUUGGGUGAAAUAAGUCAAAAUCAAUUGUUAUAACACUAAUUAUGUAUCUUUUCCCAUGUUUUUUUUGCACCUUAACUUCUUGUUAUUGGAUUCAUAUUUCGUCUUUAUCUUCUUUGUGACCAGAUAAUAUUAAUAUUUUAUUCUUGUUAAGAUGUUAUAUUUAAAGGAUCUUGUGUAUUUCUGAAGUUCAUUUGUUUGGAUAUAUCCUUCCUGUUGUGAUGAGAUGAAGUGUUUGUGCUUUUGAAUUUCAGCUAAAAAGAAGGCUACUGAAGCUAUUUCACAGGAUUUAAUGGGAAAAAAAGACUAAUACUACCAACUAGUUUUUUAUUUUGAUUGCGAACCGUAGACUAUUCACUAAAAUAUGCCAAAUAGUUUUAAGAAACUCCCCAAUGUCCAUUAUUCGUUGCUGCAUGUUCUAAAUUGUGGACCCGUUUAUGUUUGCCAUUGACUUUUUAUUUUAUCUUUUUCUCUCGUUUUCAUUCCAAGUUAAAUGUACUUUCUGCUUUGGCCCUUCUUAUCUUCCUAAGUUUAUUUAAAUCCGCAGUAUCCAAUUUAAAAACAUUAUUCGUAAAGAUAAUGACUUUACAUCAAAAAGGUAACUGUAUGUUGUAAUUUUAUGUAAACUGAACAUUACAAAAAAUGCAUCCUAAUUUUCGAGUUAAUCUUUUCUUUACCAUUAGACAAAAUGUGACGGCUUAACAAAAUGUACGUUUUUUAUGCUUUGUCUUUUCAUUUGUACGUAUAUGUUGUUGAAAGAUCUCUUCAUUUCCUCAUUUGUAUCAUUGCUUCUUUUCGUGUCACUAACCUCUUAUCUAAUAAAGAAUAGAAUGUG